UGGCAGAUAUUCGAAUUAGGUCUUUCCUUGUUGGGAAUAUUCUCUCUCUAAAAUGGCCGUCUUCUCUCUCUACCCACUCAAUCCCAUUCGCUCCUCUCAUUCUUCUUCUUCUUCUUUCUAUGGUCACCCUUCCUAUUUCAAUGGUGGAGACCCACUCUCCAACAGUAACAACAACAGUGUAAGAGGAAGGGUUGAUAAACCCAGAAGAGGCAAUUCCAGUAGGGUUUUUGUUCUCUCAUCCCAUUCCAACCCUAAGACUAUCAAGUCCAAUCGCAGGUCUAGGUACGGCCAGACUCUGUCCCCUUACGAUAGCGACGACGAAGAAGAAGACAACGACGACGAUUCGGAUGAUGAUUGGCUUUCUAAUGAUGGGUCUGCUGAAUUGGAAGAAUCUGAUGCUGGUACACAGAGAUUCAAGUCAAGUCAAAGCAGCCACAAACAUUUGGUGAAAAAUGGCACGAACACCUUAGAGAAGAGAAAUCUUCGCAACUUUUACCAUACUUCAAAAAAACGGCAGAAUACUGCUUACUUAGGUGCAGACGGUAGAAAAAAGCUGGAGGCUGGGAGAUCUACAAAUAACAGAUUUCGGCGGCUGUCAGAAGAACUGGAUUUAGAUGAGAAAUGGUUUCCACUUCUUGAUUACUUGAGCACUUUUGGCCUUAAGGAAUCACACUUUAUUCAAAUGUAUGAGAGGCAUAUGCCUUCUCUUCAGAUUAAUGUGGGUUCUGCACAGGAAAGAUUGGAGUACUUGUUGAGUGUCGGUGUCAAACAUAAAGACAUUAAAAAGGUACUUUUGAGGCAACCACAAAUUUUAGGGUAUACAGUGGAGCGCAAUCUGAAAUCCCAUGUUGCAUUUUUGUUGAGUUUGGGAAUUCAAGGCUCCAGAAUAGGGCAGAUAAUCACUGCCACUCCAUCCCUAUUUUCUUAUAGUGUGGAGAAUUCGUUAAAACCCACUGUGAGGUACUUGCUUGAAGAGGUUGGUAUUGACAAGGAUGAUCUAAGUAAAGUGGUGCAGCUGAGCCCUCAAAUCCUGGUUCAGCGGAUUGACAACACAUGGAACACGCGAUUUAAUUUUCUUACAAAGGAGUUGGGAGCACCCAGAGAUAGUAUAGUGAAGAUGGUGAGAAAACAUCCCCAACUCCUUCACUACAGCAUUGAGGACGGAUUACUGCCAAGGAUUAAUUUUUUAAGGAGUAUAGGGAUGCGUAAUUCUGAAAUAUUGAAAGUAUUGACCAGCCUUACGCAGGUAUUCUCUCUGUCACUUGAGGGAAAUCUGAAGCCGAAGUACAUGUACUUGAUCAACGAACUUCGAAAUGAGGUGCAAUCCUUGACCAAAUAUCCUACAUACCUAAGCUUGUCUCUAGACCAGAGGAUUCGUCCCCGCCAUAGGUUUUUGGUUUCCCUAAAGAAAGCUCCAAAGGGGCCUUUUCCUCUGAGUUCCUUCGUUCCGACUGAUGAAUGCUUUUGUCGGCAGUGGGCUGAAACAAGCUUGGAGAAAUAUUUGGCGUUUCGGCAGACAUUACUACUCAAGGAGUUCGCACAAAAAUAUGAAAGGAAAUAAUAACAUACUUGGACAAAUAUUUGGCAUUUCGCCAUUUCGGCAGAGAUUACUACAAUACUACUCAAGGAGCUCACAAAAAAAUGUGAAAAGAAAUAAUGACAUAUUGACUUCGAGUCGUCCCAAGUCUACUUACACGGGUUUUGGAGGAGCAGAAUGGUCUCUCUGACAACUUCAGCAACUAGUAUAAUUAUUUUAAUCGGAAAUAUCAGGAGAUUCUAAAGUAAAUCCCAGAUGUCCGUAAUCACUAUGAACUCCCCGGAACUGGUCCAGUUUUGUUUCCCCAUUUAGCAUAUACAUUUUUGGUGCAAGGCAAGAAAAAUGGAUUCUUUACAAACUUAAGGUGAUCAUGAACAUCAAAUGACAUCAAUGCCAAACCCAAGUUUUCAAGGUCUUUUUUUUUGUUUGGAACUGCAACUUCUCUGGAGCAUAGCCCUGAAGUAUCAAGUUUUAAAUGCUGCUCUCUUUUGGUUGGUGAGCCACUUGUUUAUUUUUUCUUUUUUUCGCUUCUCUUAAGCUGUUUUACUUAAUUUCAUAUCUUUGUUAGGUAAUUGAGAUGUGCUUUUGUUUCAUGUUCUGCCUUUGAGACUGGGCAUUGAGGAAGGUGUAUUAGCUUGUAACUUGUACGAUACUGUUGAUUCUUGUUUCCUUUUUUUUCCUCAUCGUACAUGUAAAGCAGAAAAGUUCAUUUUUAAAAGCACCAACUUCUGAUUUUUUCCCUGAGAAAAAAAAUAAAUAAAUAAAAUAAAAUAAAAUCAUAAGUUGGUGCUUUCUUUGCCUGAAUGCGUAACUGUGCAAUAUUAUUAGUUUUUAUUUAUGUUUUGUUUGAUUUUUGGCUAGUCUGAGUUGAGGAAAAUGAUUCAAAUGUUCAGCCAAUGACAUUGGGGCAAUCUGUUUUGUUUCACAGUUUAUUAAUUUACAGAAAUGCUCUA